AUGGAUAUCGAGCCGGACGAGGAGCUGGGCAGCGGAACACGAUGGGGAACGUACGGAGCAGUGCCAGCUGCGAAAUGCGCGGCAACUGUCGCCCCGCUGCUAUCCUACAUCUGUCUUCUGAGCGCGCAACGGUCUCGCCUAACGCGCUUCGCGCAACUUCACCCGGUGCUCACCCCUCCCCUUCCGCACGCUUGUAGAGAAUAG